AAAACGUAAUCAACGUGCGACUGUGCGCAUGCGUUGAAUGUCCGCGACCUGCGACAUUUGGCUUGGAAACACUUCGGAAACGUUCUCUAACAUCGAGGUUUACAAAGAAGCCAGUGAUGUCGUGUUUCAGUGGAGAUCCCAACUUCUGUCCUGAGUGUGGGAACGUACUGCCUCUACCUGGGCUGCAGAACACAGUCUCCUGUCCCCGCUGUGCAUUCAGUUUACCUGUCAGCGAAUUUUCAGGUCAAGAGAUCAGGUCUUCUGUUGUCUUUAAUCCUCUCGAAGGGUCCUCUGUUGCUGUGGAAGAGGAGGACUCGGAACUCAAGGGGGCUGUGAUUGACAGACGCUGCUCUCGCUGCAAUAAAGAAGGGAUGGUUUAUCACACCAGACAAAUGAGAUCUGCAGAUGAAGGACAGACGGUCUUCUUCACCUGUAUACACUGCAGAUAUCAGGAGAAAGAGGACUCCUGAGAAGAGAUCGAGAUGCUUCACCCAUUCCCUUGGACCUCCAUCAAUAUUCUCCUCCUCUCCUCUUUUGUCUGUAAACAAGAAUGUGUUUGAUCUAUGUAAUGCCAACUUGAGUUCUUAUUGGAGAAAGCACAAUUGGUAUGCUAUUCCUUGCUCUUUGUUACUUGUAAUGAUGCUUAGGAUAGUCGCUCCACAGUGCUAAGCAUUUCAAUGGUUCGCCUUUACUGCAUCAGUUCGAUUGCAGCUGCAGCAUUUGGAAUGAGGGUUGAAUACUGAUGUCUGAUGUUUGUCUGCGGAGAUUUUCAAGUGUGAUUUGUGUGAUUAAAAUAUUUGUCUUUAGAACA